UUUACAGUCCAGCCUGCGACAUUUCCUCUGUUUUCUCAUUGAGUUUGGCGCGUCGCAGCAAGGCAGGAAGAUGGUUUCUCAGGGCAUUCAGAUCACCGGCAUAGUCAUAGCCACGAUCGGCUGGCUGCUGGACAUCGUGGUGUGCGGGCUGCCCAUGUGGAGGGUGUCCGCCUUCGUGGGCGCCAACAUCAUCACGGCUCAGACCAUCUGGGAGGGCUUGUGGAUGAGCUGCGUGGUGCAGAGCACAGGCCAGAUGCAGUGCAAGGUCUACGACUCCAUGCUGGCGCUGGAGCAGGACCUGCAGGCGGCCCGCGCCAUGAUCAUCGUCUCCGUCUUGUUGGGCAUUUUGGGGGUGUUCACGGCCAUCGCUGGAGGAAAGUGCACCAACUGCAUUGAGGACGAGCGAUCCAAGUCGAAGGUCUGCAUCGUUUCUGGAGUUAUGUUCAUCCUCGCCGGACUCCUGUGCCUCAUUCCCGUCUCCUGGUCCGCCAACUCCGUCAUCAACAGGUUCUACAACUUGAUGUUGACUGGAACGCCUCGAUACGAGUUGGGAGCGUCGUUGUACAUCGGCUGGGCAGCUUCUGCCUUGUUCCUGAUUGGAGGGGGGCUACUUUGCUGGAAUUGCCCCGCCGGUGAGGAAGACCUGAACUACGUUUCCAAACCCAGAUUCACCCCAGUGAAGACCGCUUCCACAUCCAGAGAAUACGUAUAAGGUUUCCCUCCUAACACGGACACGAAGGCUCAACACAGCUGACAUGUCGGCUCGUAUUGAUCUUACUGAUGGAUCCACGGAAAGUGUAAAUCCUGUACGAAUUCUCAGCUUUUGGUCGGUUUUAUGAGGAGGUUUGAUCGUGAGACCAAAGGUGUAAAUGAUAAAUAAAUGUGGUAAAUGUUAUUAUUUCCUGUAGUUUAGCUAAUUUAAACAGGCUUUCUGUCAUAAUGAUUACUUUGGAAACAAUCUGUUUAGGUAAUCCAAUAAAUGAAUAUUUAAUUCCUUUUGAACAUUGUAAGAGAUUGUAUUAAUUAUUAAAUGUCAUUGUGAUCAUUUAUAUUUUUAAAGAAAUUGACCCUAAUAACAGACACAUCUAUGUGUAAAUAAAUACGUAACGCUUUUUCUUUUACUUUUAAAUUCUUUUUGUUCUCCAUAUACUCAUGUAACUUUACUUGUUUUUGUGUUUGUAAUGUAAAUAAACUCUGUUAAAACUGGAUUAUUACGUUAUAGUUCCGUGGAAAAUGUAAAAAUUAAAUAAAAUAUUACGCAAGUACUCGAA